UCAUUAACGUUGUUAACAGUACACUCAUAUACAGUACGACACAGAGCACGGUACCUAUCUAAUGCGUUGGUUAUUGUAUCAGUGCAUAUCAAUAUGGACAAAUUCGUCAACAAAAUAGCAAUUGUUACAGGAAGUAGUUCUGGAAUUGGAUUAGCAAUUAGUAAAGAAUUGAUUAAACAUGGAGUCGUCGUUGUAGGAAUAGCUAGAAGAAUUGAAAAACUAACGCAACUUGCUUCCGAAUUGAAUGAACCUGAGAAACCUAAGAAGUUCCAUCCUUUAAGAUGUGACAUAACUAUUGAACGCGAUAUUGAAAAAUCAUUCCAGUGGAUUAACUCGGAACUAGGCCCUGUGGCGAUAUUGGUUAAUAAUGCUGGAAUAAUAAAUCCAUCUUUGUUCAAAGAUAUCACCGGUGAAAUGAUAACUCAAAUAUUUGAUACAAAUUUCAAAGCUGCUAUUUUAUGGUCGAAAUUAGCCGUUGAGAAUAUGACGAAUAAUUCCAUCAAAGGACAUAUUAUCAACAUAAAUAGCUUAGCAGGUCACAUAAUAUUGAAUUUCAAACCAAUCACGAAUCAUAUCUAUACUGCUUCCAAACACGCUUUGAAAGUUUUUUCUGAAACGCUGCGUCGUGAACUUGUUAACCAAAAUUCGGAUAUUAAAAUAACAAACCUCAGUCCAGGAAUGGUGCUUACUGAGGCACUAACGACUUUUCUACCUUCAGCAGAAUCAUUCUCUCCUAAUAAAGUCAUACAAGCCCAGGAUAUUGCUGAUUCUUGUGUUUACGUUUUAGGCACUCCACCAAACGUGCUAGUAUCCGAACUUACAAUAAUGCCUCUUCACCAAGACGUAUAACUGGAAUAAUUUUCAAAUGCCUGGUGAACAUUGAAAAUUUGCUGGAGAUACCACGACAUCGACAGCCAAAAAAGGUCAUUUUUGAAUAAGUCAGUAGUGAGAGUUGAUAAAAAAAAGGUAAACUUUCUGCACUUCAAUUUUGACGCACUAUAAUAUGUACCUAUUACACAUUAUGUAAAUAUACGUAUGAACAUAAAAUACAUAAUUUAUCGAUUACCAA